GGACGCGCUGAUCUGUCUUUGCGCCUUUGCGGGGCCAUUUUCUCCACUCUCCCAUUCAUUCUUCUUACUUUUGACUAGUGGGUGUUAGCCUCUAUUGCUCUGCUCUUUGCGUUUCAGGGCGAAAGCCUGGUUACUGGCGGUCGCCCGAUCGGACCUUCACUUGUCUGUUCUUUCUAAACGCAGCUGGUCCAAUCAUUUGCCGCCUUUCGAGAGAAUCCUCCGGCUCAAUAUUUCUAUUUCUUCAUGAGAUUAGCAGGCCUAUCCGAUCUCCCCGAUGGCAUUGCCGACUUAUUCGGUAUCCUGCAUCAGGACGUUGGUAAAGGCUAGUUCUUUUAUUCCGGUUGGGCCAUCCUGCGUAGGUGACCUACACAAAAAAGUUCCCGUGCGAACUCACAACUGGGUGCUUGGCCCUGGAUUAUCAUAUCUCUCCGGAUUCGGCAAACGGAAUGCCCACAACGUCGGCUUCGAUCGGCUAUUGAGACAACGGAACAAACCUGACCGACCAGUAUUUGAAGCAUACCCCUACUAUAAUCGACCGCUCCCUGCUCACAACUCAAUACGUCUACUCGCUUUGCAUCCAGGACUUCCUGGAGAUAGUAAGAUUACGACCUCUCUUGAAGUCGCAGAUUUCGAAACACUCCCAUAUGAGGCGCUUUCAUACGUGUGGGAUGAUCCGUCCGCUUUGAAUUACCUAAAAAGAGAGAAAUCCAGAGAUGUACUGUUAGGUGAAGACAAUGAGGGGAGAACAAGGUGCGUCAUCGAAUGCGAUGGAUACACAAUCGGUGUCACACCGAACUUGUACUAUGCACUCCGCCGCUUGCGCCUAUCCAAGUAUAGACGUCUGCUAUGGAUUGAUGCGCUCUCAAUCAACCAGGCCAACAAUUCGGAAAAGAAUCAGCAAAUACCGCUGAUGAGCAUGAUCUAUGCCAACGCCCAGCAAGUUAAUGUCUGGCUGGGCGAGGACAGUCCCAUGAUGUCAGGUGCGUUAAUUGCCUUGUCAAGAUGGGCCCAGGUAUGGCGUAGCACCGACGUUGUAUAUCAACCGGAGCUCCGAAACCGCCUCGUGUCGGGCGGAAUAUUUCCCUUAGAACGCUAUUUCUUUCAGACAAUGAUACGCCGGGCUUGGUUCACGAGAGCGUGGGCGUUUCAAGAGCUAUGCUUAUCGAAGCAUGCUGUCCUCAUGUGUUCACAGUAUUCUGUUCCAUGGCCCAGAUUCCGAGAUGCCUGUGCGGCAGUCGUCGGGGCAGGGUAUGCUUAUUCUGUCUUUGAAGAACAGCAGAAUGUUCAGACGCUAUGCGACUUCUGGGACCUGACGAGAAAAAUGCCCUCUCCCGAGAGUCGGGCAUUAGCUGAGCAGUUCCAACUCUCUAGCCUGAUACAGCGAACCAGCUCACAACAGGCAUCUGACCCUCGAGACAAGAUAUAUUCUCUGGUUGGACUGGCCAGUUCGCCGGCUGGAAACACGACUGUCAGGGCUGACUACAAUCUCUCUGUGGAAGAUACCUAUCGCAUAUUUACAAGAGCCAUGAUUGAGGAAGACGGCGACCUUGGCAUUCUAUCAAGCGUUAAAAGGCCACGGGUGGAUCAGUUGCUUGAGGUGAGAGCCUUGUCUCAAGGGAUCAGGCCGCUUAAAGGGUUGCCAUCUUGGGUACCGGAUUAUCAGUACAAUGACGUGGUCGAACAAACUUAUGGACGCCAUCAUAUCAAUGGCCGUGAAGGUCCUAUUGAGCUUGGCCGAACCCGAUUCCCCCAAACCAUUGCGCAGCAAAAUGAAGGCUUGCCAAUGUACCGGCCGAGUAAUGAAUUCUCAAGCCGCGUACUGAACGGAAGCAUCGCAUUCGACACGGACGAUCAAGGCCAGCUCGGCGUUUACGGUAAGCAUGUAGGGAAAGUCCGUGCGACCUUCUCGAUGCCUUUUACCAGUGAUCCGUCGCUGCGGGCCGGAUCUCUAUCUCCGAAAGAAGCAAGGCCGGAGAGAUCGCCACCAAACAUCCGCUUCAACUUCGACUUCAGAGAGAAAUUCGUGCGGUGGGGGUUUGGAACAACAGUGUUGCCCGAUCCUGUCCUUGAAGAAGAGCGAUACCGCCACACAGGCGAGAACACUGCCAUGGCCGUCUUGCGCACGCUCACUGCCGACAUGCUCCCAAUUUCACACCGUCUGCCAGACUCCUACAAGGUGACCUAUUUCCCGCUCCACUACGACUGGUACCUCUGGAAUGACCCGAAGGAGAUGCUACGCACAAUCCUCAUCUUUCUCGGCUUGUCCUUCCACAUCGCUCCACCGCUGAUUUUCUUCUACCUUGCGCUGCGGAGCUUCAAGCUUUUCGAAGCGAACCGCAGCCUCCACCAUCGGAAGGGGAAUCCCCUCAAACCUUGGAACGCAUUCGACACGUACGCGAUGCGAUGGCCUUGGAAAGCGCGCUCGGUGUACGAGGACAUACUGCUAGAUCCCGAGACAUCACUAUCCAACGACGAAAGUCACGGCAAGGACAAAGCGCUGAAAACCUACCGCCACUACUUCGACCGCGAAAAGAUCACCGGGGCCAUCGCCCUCUCGCUCGCCUCCGUCCCGCUGAUAGCCUGGUCCGGCAUAACCUUCCCGGUCCUCUGCACCCUGUGGAAAUACUCCGCCCUCGCCGCCACGGCGCAAGCCGCCGUCUUCGCCGCCCUGACCUGGCGCACCCGGCAUAUGCGCUCUGCGGAGCCAUCGGCCGAGGUCCCCGCCGGGUGGGAAGAGCGCGCCGCCCGCGCCAGCAAGCACCGGUUUUGGGGCCUGGCGUGCGAGGUGCAGCACGCGGUGAACCGGACCAGUUGGAACCGGGUGUUUUUCGUAACUGAGGAGGGGCAUAUGGGCGUUGGGCCUGUGGGGAUGCAGACCGGGGAUCGCGUGGUUGCGCUCGUGGGCGGCGGCGUCGUGUAUGUGGUGCGCAGGAAGCUGGGGGAGGAUGCGAAGGGGGAUGGGAAGGUGGAGAAGGCGAAGGUGCGCGGGAAGAUGAAGAAGGGGCAGUUGCCGCAUGAGCUGUGGGAGUUGGUGGGCGAGGCUUAUGUCCAUGGCGUUAUGGAUGGGGAGGCCUGGGGUAAGUAUGAGUAUAGGGAGUGGGAUGAUUUGGAGAAUUUGAAGAGGAUGGCUACGAAGAUGGUUUUGGUGUAGGUUGCACAGGUUUGGGUUUGUGGUUUAUGUGGUGUAUGUUUUGAAGGUAUUGUAUUGAAACGGAUGCAUUCUUCUGUCGAUUUUCUUGUCGGAUAUACUAUCUUCUUUCGCUGUUCAAUGCUGACACAUCAGGCUGAGACACGCUAAGCUGGCAGCUGUGUAGCAUUGUUAGGCUGUGGUACUGUACGACCAAAUUGCUGCCUGCUGUUGCCUUCUGUGCAAUGGGUGCCGCGCCCUCUGCAGACGCCAGCUUAUCAGGCUCGCGUUCUCCCCCUUUUUUUUUUUUUUUUUUUUUUUUUUUUUUUUUUUUUUUUUUUUUUU